AUGCCGGAGAAGACAGGCUCGCAGUGCAUCAGCUGCUCGGACCGGAAAGUUCGAGAAAGGCGAGAAGCUUUUGCCACGGCCAACCAAACGGCGCCCACAAGCGCAGAUGCUAACAGCGGAUCCACACCAGCAUGGCCUCAGGAUGCCAGCAAAGCUGACUGUGAACGCUACAUUCUAGGUGCUCCUGAACUUGCUCUCCCGUCAGUGUGCACCAAGACGUGUCAGGCUAUGUAUGGCCUCAAGGGCCGCAAAAAUUGGCACACGGUGGCGCCCAAGCUGGAUACCUCAGGCAUCUCAGCUCAACAAAAGCUUGGCUAUCUGCAGGCCGCGCGCGCUGACCUCUCCCUACAUUGUCUGGCCACUCAUCCCCCUGGAUGCCCAGUUCUUGGUGGACCGCUGCGACCAGUGUCGGCUCAAUACAAGCAGAGACGGUGUAUUAAUGCAGGCGAGGUGAUCGGAUGGGACCUGAAGUCCAUUGUUCCGUCCAAGCCAAAGAUUUUGGAUCAUGCUGCUGGCAGUCUACUUUACUUCCCACAAAGUGUGGGCCUGGGACUUGGACCCCAAGCAGGCGCUGCCGAGGCGUUGGUGACGAUCAGCUUUGGUUUCCUCACUUUGCUGAUGCUCAGUGGUCCCAGUAGUUUGACUCGGCUCUUCAAGCUGGUCUUUGAGGACAUCACCGACUCUGAUCCCUGGACGCGGCAUGAGUACUGUCCCGCCAUGCCGCGGAAACUGCGACUCCGACUCUUUUUGGUGAUCCUAGGCAAUUUGGCCUGCACUGCAUGGUUGGAGAAGGUCCUUAUCCAAGGUCGUGUCGGUGACUAUAUGCGAGUUCUUGGUCGUGCGCUCUCCAAACACGUGACCUUGCGGCUCUAA